AACAUUCAUUAUGCAGCGCCAGACUAAACUUCAAUUGACUCAACGACGCGACGUACGAGUACGAGUGCGCGUACUCAUUCAGAAAAACGUGCGAAAUGAGUAAUGUAAGUGACAGCAAGUCUUCUGAUAGCUACGGCCCGAAGUGGCUUGUAGAGAAAGCCCAGAAAUGUUUGAAAAAUGACCCAGACUCUGCCAAAGCUUUGCUCAUCACGGCCAGAACUUUACACCCUCAGGAUUUUGGAGUUCAGUUUGAAGCAUAUUGCAUUGAGAAGUCUGUGAGAAACACACGCCCAGCAUCCUUGCUGCUUCUGGAAAUGUUUGAGCAAUUUAAGCAGGAAGCUGCACUAUGGAAGGAACUACAGAUUGUAACAAGUGCCCUAAAGUCUCACACCGAAGAUGAAUAUGGACUAUUCCUACAGGAGGUAUUUGCAUCAUUGCCAGACAAAGCUCAAUUUGAUGUUUUGCUUCUCAGUGCAGAUCACUGUAACAACAUCCUGGAGAAGUGUCAGCUGAAACUCUUACUCAUCAAUCGAUUCCCUGAUGCGAUUGCAGAACACGGCGUGCCCCUUGUUGAUAUGCUGCUGGAUGCAGAGAAGAAUGAGGGUGAGAAGCUAGCAACCAACCGCUUCCGCCGUGUCAUGGUUUGCGAAGUUCUCCCCAUAAUCUGUGCCAGCAAGAAAGUCAACUGCCAGCCUAAGCAGUACCACAAGUGGCUGCAGAAAUCCGUGGAGUUCUACACGAAUUAUGCCACCCAGCCCGCUUGGAAGCAAGCCGAUCAGAAGGGGGCCAAGGGGCCUGUUACUCCCCUAAUGUCCCCCCAGGCAGGCAAGGGGCAAGGCUUUGGGUUUGGGGAGCUGACUCAACCGUGGGAGAGGCUGCAUCAACUACUGGUGAUGAUUGCUGAGAAGUGUGGAUGGGACGCAAAGUUUGUGCCUGAUGAGGAAAGGCCAUUUACAGUAAACUGGCUGCAUAUCAAUGAGCAUUACAGCCGGGCCAAGACAAGUGAAGCUGCUAACAUCAGAAAGCCUGUCUUCUACUCAACGAUGGUCUUGUUUCUUCAGGCUGUCCAUGGCUUCAUGAGUGCCGUUGAUCCUGAACAGUUUACAGGCUCAAGCCCCAGCUCGUCCCAUCAGCCAUUGCUGGUCCUUCUGGAAGACCUAGAAUGUAAGCGCAGAGUCAAGAAACAUCACAAGCAUGCUCAUAAAAAGAGAAAAUUAGAUGGCGGAGAAAAAGAGAAUUCAGUCGUGUCACAGACUGUCUUCAACACCAUGUACAACUGUAGCAUGUUUGCUUGGUGGUUUCUUAAAGUACUUGGCUGCUAAAUUGUCAUCAUUGACUGAAAAGCUUUGGAUCACAUCACAGGCUUUCGCCCUGAUGCUGUUGUGCAA